CUGCAGCGAGUGGGUAACGUCGCGCAGCGAGGCUGCGCGUGCGCGGCCGGCAGGUGCGGGCUCGGCGUUGAAUGUAUUAUCUGCGGUCUCCAGCGAGUGGCUGCCGCUGUGCUCAGAGGCUGUUGGCAUAGGCUCUUUGCUUUUCCACUUGGACGUGCUUUUUACUGAAAGGUGAGCGAUUCGACGACUGAUGCUCUGUAAAGACAACGUUGAAGAAAGUUUCGUUAUACGAGUUAGAGAAUCUCUCAAAAGACAUGCUGCCCAACUUUCAGGCUAAGUUCUAGUUUAAGUUGAUGUAGUCAAAAGCAAGUUUGCAAGCAAAAUUUAAAUUCAAGCCCAUGAGUGAAUUGGAUGAGUAGAUGUUUCCUGAAGUCUUGCCUUUAGCUUAUCAAGUACUAAAGACGCCUUUUUUUCCUCGAAAUUUCAUUUUGACCAUGUGUAAACAAGUUAUCGAAAGCAGUUUGAGGUUUAGGGUUUGUUAUAGAUUGAAUUAUGUCCCCCCAAAGUAUGUGUUGUAAAUCCUAACCUGAUGCCUGUGGUUAAAAUCCCGUUCACGAGUGGGUCAUGUUUAUGUUAAUGAGACAGGUAGGUAGGGUGUAUUUUGAGUCAAUAUUUUUUGAGAUAUUAAAAGAUUAAACGAGCAAGCUAGAAGCAGAGAUGGGGGAGGAAGAUAGAUGCCAUACCACACCACAUGAAGAUCACCAAGGAGCCAGGGAGUAAGAACCUUCCCCCAGAGCCUACAGAGAGAGCCUUCACCCAGACCUGGCACCCUGAAUUUGGACUUCUGGCCUCCUAAACUCUGAGAAAAUAGAUUUCUGUUUGUUAAAUCUAUCCACUUGUGGUAUUUCUGUUAUAACAGUACUAGAUAAGACAGAAUUUUGUACCUGCAGAGUUGGGUGCUGCUCUAACAGAUACCUAAAACGUGGAAGCGGUUUUGGAAUUGAGUAAUGGGUAGAGGCUGGAAGAGUUUAAGUCAGAAUUGACUUGAUGGCCAUGAGUAAUAGUAAAAGCCUAGAUUGCCUUGAAGAGAUCUAAAAAACCCAUUUCUGUGAAGUCAAUUCCAACUCAUAGUGACCGUGUAGGACAGAGUAGAACUGCCCAUAGAGUUUCUAAGGCAGUACAUUAUUUUGUGUGUGCUUGAAGUGAAAGUUUACAAUUCAAGCCAGUUUCUCAUACCAAAACUUAUACGCACAUUGUUAAUGUGACCCUAGCUGCUCUCCCUGUAAUGUGAGAGCACACUUCUCUCUAUCCUGUUUCCUGUGCCUAUUCAACCAGCUCCUGUCCCUGUCUACCUUCACAUCCUGCCUCUGGACACAAGCUGCCCACCUAGUCUCAUGUGUCUACUUGAGCUAAGAAGCACAUUCCUCACCAGUAUCAUUUUAUGUCUUAUAGUCUGGUCUAAUCUCUGCCUGAAGAGUUGGCUUCAGGAAUGGUUUCAGUUUUGGGCUAACAGUGUGGGGGACAUGUCAUCUGGAGUCCCUCUAGUCUCAGACCACCAAGUCUGGUCUUUUUACUAGAAUUUAGUUCUGCAACCCACUUUUCUUCUGCUCCAUCAGGGACUUUGUGUUGUGUUUCCUGUCAGAGUGGCCACUGAUGGUAGCUAGGCACCAUCUAGUUCUUUUGGUCUCAGGCUGAUGGAGUCUCUGGUUUAUGUGGUCCUUUUUGUCUCUUGGACUCUUAUUUUCCUUACGUGUUUGGUGUUCUUUUGCCCCAGGUGGGCUGAGACCAGUUGAUGGAUCUUAGAUGUCUGCGUGCUACCUUUUAAGACCCCAGAUGCCACUCAUCAAAGUGGGAUGCAGAACAUUUUCUUAAGGAGGCUGUAAAUCCUUAUGGGAGCAGAUUGCUACAUCUUUCUCCCACGUGAAGAGACAGUUGGUAGAAUUAUGGAUGUUCAAAGGCAAUUCUGGCGAGGGCUCAGAAGGAAAUGAGGAGAGCUAUAGAGAAAGUCUCUUAUCAGGGUUUUGAACCCUCAGGGCUUCAAACAGAUUAGUUCCGGUUCGAAACCCUCCCAAAAGUUUGAUUCCCACCCAGAUAUAUUGAAUCAGAAUCUCCGUUUUAACAAGAUCCCCAGGUGAUUCUUAGGUAUAACAAAUUCUGAGAACCACUGCUCUGCUAGUGGUUCUUAGAAUUGGUCCCUAACCAGCAGCAUUAGCAUCACCUGGGAACUUGUUAGAAAUACAAAUUCUUAGUCGGGGUUUGAACCGCAGUGAACCAGUUUGAAGCCUUGGUCUCUGUUGUCUUAGAGAAUACAUAGGGUGCCAGCAAAGAAUGUUGCUAGAAACGUGGCUCCUGGUGAGGCUUUAAAAGAAAGUGAUGAGCACGUGAUUGGGCAAUGGAAGAAGGGUGAUGCUUUUUAUGCAGUGGCAAAGAACUUGUCUGAAUUAUGUUCAAAUGUUUGGUGGAAGGUAGAACUUGUAAGUGAUAAACUUGAGUAUUUGAGGAAAUUUCUAAGCAAGAUCUUAAAGGGGCCACAUGGUUUCUCCUUACUGCUUAUAGUAAAAUGCGAGAGGAAAGCGACGGACUUAAAAAUGAGCUGCACAAAAUGAAAACAGAACUUAAAGAUUUGGAAAAUUCUGUUGUACAAACUAAGAACAUGUGUCCUAGAACGUUCACCAAGCACAUGGCUACACAAUCUUUUGUUAAAGAGAUUAAGCCUGUGGCUGAUGGAUCUAACCAACUACCACAGCACAAAACCCAUUGGCUUAGACUGAAGGCGACAGAGAAAGAAUGAAAGGAAAGCACACUGUCUACCAUUUGGGGUUCUAUAGGAAGGAAACAGGCCAAAGGAGCUACAUCUGUUGUCCUCCAAGAAAAAAAAGACUAUCCUUGGAGCAGCUUGGAGAUCAGCAAAACCGUUGGAAGGAGUGUGGGAAGCAGGGCUGUCUGAGUUUCAAAGGGUAGAACCACAGCUUACUGAGUUUUAAAGGAUGGGGCCAUGGCCUCCUGGGUUUCAGAGAGAUAGAUCUUUACCAGCGUGGUUCUGGAGUAUGGGGCUGCUAUUCACGGGUGCCAGGGGAAUGGGGCCACUGCCCAAGGGGCAGAAGAAUGGGGCCUGGUGGGGUCAUCACUCAGAUGGACUAGGGGAAUGGGGCCAUCCAAACUGAGGGAGCAGAAUUGCCAUCUCAGUGAGCCUGGAAGGAAGAGCUGAAGUCCAAGACUGAGAAGUCUCCACCCAGAAUACAUUCAGCCAGUGUGGCCAACAUCCAGAGUCUGGAGGGCAGGGCCGUUACCUAGAUGGCCUCAGAGAAGAGAGGAUUACUUUCAAGCCUUGAGAGGUACUGCUGAGUUUUGGACUUGCUUGGUGCUUGUUAUCCCUUCUUUCCCUCCAAUUUCUUCCAUUUGUAAUGGAGAUGUCUACCUUGUGCCUGUUCAAGAGCUGUACUUUGGAAACAUUAAUUUGUAGUCUAGACUUCACAGACCUACAGAUGAACAGGAAUUUUGUCCCAGGGUGGAAUAUGCCUAAAAUCUCCCCCAUAUUUGAUUUAGAUGAUUCAGAAGUUGAGAUCUUGGAGUAAAUUUAUAACUUUUGGGAUGAUGUGAUGGGGUGAAUGUGUUUUGUAUGUGGCAAGGACUAUGAAUUUUUGGGAACCAAAGGGUGGAAUGUUAGGGAUUGAAUUAUGUCCCCCCAAGAUAUGUGUCGUAAAUCCUAAUGUCUUUGCCUGUGGUUAGAAUCCCAUUUGUGAAUGGGUUGUCUUUGUUAUGUUAAUGAGGCAGGAUUAGUAUAGGGUGUAUCAUGAAUCAAUCUCUUUUGAGAUACAAAGAGAUUAAACAAGCAAGAUAGAAGCAGAGAUGGGGGAAGGUAGAUGCCAUACCACAUGAAGAUCACCAAAGAGCCAAGGAAUAAGGACAUUCCCCCAGAGCUGACAGAGAGAGAAAGCUCUUCCCUAGAGCUGGCACCUUGAAUUUGGACUUUCGGCCUCCUAGACUGUGAGAAAAUAAAUUUCUGUUUGUUAAAAGCCAUCCACAUGUGAUAUUCGUUAUAGCAGCACUAGACAAUUGAGACAGGGCUUUAAUAAUGAAAUGGACAUAAGCGAUAGGAUUUUUCACUUUGUGUGAAGCAAACAAUAAGAGGAAGGAGUGGAUGUUAUUGCAUUAGUUAGAUUCAGAGUAACUGAAGGAACCUGCUUUGAUAUCAGUCCCUUUGACCUCUUAGGCAAGUAAUUUGUGCCUUUUGAGCCUAUUUGUGCAUCUCUGAAACAAGAGUUACUGGGUAAAUUUUUCUGUGGGCUAAGUUUUUCUGUCGAUUAAACAUGUACAGGGAGAGAAUUGGCUUUCUCCCUUGCUUAGGCAACCAUUUCCUCCGGGGCCCUCCCUACUUUAUAAAAACUAACAUUUUGUAUUUACAGUGGAGUCGCUGAUGAUUCUUUUUUUAUUCUACUCAUAUAGUGCUUGAAGGAUACAUUUGCAUUUUUGUUUCCCACGAGACUUAGCUCCUAAUGGAUGACAACAACAUACAGUUGUUGGACAUAUGUAGCAAAAUCUACUUUAAAAAUUCUCUAACUUCACUAACCGGAAUGGACAUAUGGAUCACCGGGGGAUCUUGCUAAACUGCAGAUUCUGAUUGAAGAAGUCUGGCGUAAGGCCCAAGAUUCUGCAUUUCCAGGAAGCUUCCAGGUGAAGAUGCUGCAGUGUGAAAGUGUGGUUGAUAGGAAUUUUGAAGAAGUUACCAGCACAGAAAUUAAGUUUAAGCCUCCAUUAUACAGACAGCGUUACCAGUUCGUUAAAGAUUUAGUGGAUCAACAUGAACCCAAGAAGGUUGCAGACUUGGGUUGUGGUGAUACUUCGCUCUUAUGGAUGCUGAAAUUCCACAAGUGCCUUGAACUGCUUGUUGGAGUAGAUACCAAUGAGGAAAAAUUACGACGGAAAGAGUAUAAGUUGUCUCCCCUUGUUGGUGACUAUCUAAAACCCAGGGAGAGGACGCUGACUGUUACCUUGUAUCAUGGCUCUGCUGUGGAGAGAGACUCUCGUUUGCUUGGAUUUGACUUGAUAACAUGUAUUGAAUUAAUAGAGCAUUUGGAUUCAGAAGAUCUGGCCACAUUUCCCAAGGUGGUAUUUGGGUUCCUGUCGCCAGCCAUGGUCGUCAUCAGCACACCAAAUUCUGAAUUCAAUCCCCUGUUUCCAGCAGUGACUUUAAGAGACUCCGAUCACAGAUUUGAGUGGAACAGGAUGCAGUUUCAGACCUGGGCUUUGGAUGUGGCGAAUCUCUACAAUUAUUCGGUAGAGUUUACUGGUGUGGGGGAACCACCUGCCGGAGCUGAGAAUGUUGGGUACUGUACCCAGAUAGGAAUCUUCAGGAAAAACAUGGCAAAGGCGGCUGAGCUGUGUGUACCAGAGCAGCAUGGUGAACAUGUUUAUAAAGUUGUUUUUACUGCCACAUACCCAAGUUUGCAGCAGGAAAAGUACCGCCAAUAUGCAGUGGUUAACGAAGUGAUUUCCCAAGUCUAUGACAUGAGGAGGGAUCUUCUGGAAAGGCUGAAGCUGCAGGAUGACAGGGACUUUGCCGACACGUCAGCAGACGCUGGCACCUCAGAGGCCCCUUGUCAGUGUUUCCAGCCAGUUCUCACACGGUUCAGUGCCAACAUGGAGAAGACUCCCAAGCCCUUCUGUGUUGGAAAUGUGUUUUAUGUACCCCUGGAAAGACUCUUCUCAUUGCCCAAAGUGAAACAUUUGUGUAUUAACAUAGAGAUGCUGAAAACUCUAAUUGCCGACACAGUGAUGUUGAACAGCGACGGUUCUGCAGUGAUGGUUGACAUCCAUGAUGAGGAUAACGAUGACUGAGCGUCCUUGUUUUUGAAAUGCAAGGUCUUUGCAAUAGUUGGACUCAUUUAGAAUUUAAACUGUUUUUUUUUUUGUGUGUGUGUGUCUGUAGUCAUAAUUCAGGUAACUUUCUUUUUUAAAGACCUAUGUUUUGAUAGAAAAGGCCAUUUUCCAGGCCAGUGGACAAAUAUGCUUGACUUAAUAAUUGGACUGCUUGCUGUGAACCUGAAAAAGAUAUUAAGGCUAAACCAAAAAUGGUGUGUUUCCUUUUGAAAUUAAAAUUUUCUUCCAUGUUUUCUCAAAAAAUGAAGAAAUAGUGGAUGUGGCAAUAUUUUACAAACUGCUAAUUUAGAACUUAUUUCCCUAACUCUAUAUUUUAUAUAUAUAUACACGCACUUUUUUUGUGGUAGGGAUAGAGAGUUAGUUCAUAAUGUUGUUUGUUCAUUACUUGAAGUUUUAUGCUAGGACCAUAUGCUUAAUGUGACAUUAAAGAUUUAAAAGAAAAUUGAUUAAGUAUAGUCUUUACAGCCUUUUUGCAGGGUAAGAGUAGCUUUAAAAUCUUUUUAGGACUUUACCUCCUUGGGGUUAAAUUCUAACCUCAAUAUUUCUCAGCCUAAAACUGCAUACAAAACAGAAACACAGGUAUUUGAAGGAAGGACAAAGAAGCUUCUCAUGAUAGAACCACUGCCUACAUUUUUGGAGCACUCUGCUCUCCAGGAGCUUGCUCACUGGAUUAUGGGUAGUAAUAGCAAUGGGGGAGAGAGAAAUAUAGCUUCAGCCAACAGGGUCGGAAACACACAGCAGUUCUUUCUGAGGCAGAGGAAUCCACAGGUAAGUAGAUGAGGUAAGCACAGGUCCACACAACCACAGGGACCUGUGUGCCCAUCUUGCUGUCCUACCAUGUUUAGCUUGCCAUCUCAGGGAC